UCCAUUUCCUUUCUUCUUGUUUCCAGUUACUCCCUCUCUCCCAUUUGUAUACAUUCCCUGCAAUUCCUCCAAUUACCGUACCGAAAGUCUCAGUUCUCUCUUUCUCUCUUUUCGAUCUAUCCGCCUGUGAGUGAAAGUGGUUAAGGAGAGAUUGGAGAGGGAGAGGCUGCAAUGGCGAGUAGAGUUGAUCACGAGUACGAUUAUUUGUUCAAGAUCGUGCUGAUCGGCGACUCUGGUGUGGGGAAAUCAAACAUUCUUUCUAGGUUUACGAGGAAUGAGUUUUGCUUGGAAUCUAAAUCCACUAUCGGAGUUGAGUUCGCCACCAGAACUCUUCAGGUAGAAGGAAAGACAGUUAAGGCACAGAUCUGGGACACAGCAGGGCAGGAGAGAUACCGAGCUAUCACUAGUGCUUAUUAUAGAGGAGCUGUUGGUGCCCUCCUUGUCUAUGACAUAACCAAGAGGCAAACUUUUGACAAUGUCCAGAGGUGGCUCCGUGAGUUGAGAGAUCAUGCUGAUUCUAACAUUGUGAUAAUGAUGGCUGGGAAUAAGUCCGACUUGAAUCAUCUUAGAGCUGUUUCAGAGGAGGAUGGGCAUUCCUUGGCUGAGAAGGAAGGUCUCUCAUUUCUUGAGACAUCUGCACUGGAAUCGACCAAUGUUGAGAAGGCAUUUCAGACAAUUUUGACUGAGAUUUACCAUAUGGUAAGCAAAAAGGCAUUGGCAGCCCAGCAGGCAACUGCUACUUCCACCAUGCCCGGUCAAGGAACCACUAUUAAUGUUUCUGAUCCAUCAGGGAAUGCGAAAAAAGGUUGCUGUUCUACUUAAGUUGAUGUGGAUACUUGAGGAAGGAAGCAGAAUCGCUACCAAGCAGACGAUUUUCUUUUCCUUUCUCUUCUUUAUUAAUCUGAAUCUUUGGCUGUGAGAGAGACAUGUAGAAUACAUUGUUACUUGAUUGAGUCGUGGUAACGAAGCUUGUGAAAUCUGAAUAGGUAAUACAGCCCUUUCUUAAGCUCCAUUGGCUUUAAAAUUAGAAAACUGAUGGGAUGAGAUUGUAAGUUUUGCGUUAAUACUAUUGCUUGCUAACUUGUAUUAGUAUAUGGUGUGGCAAAUAAAUUAGAAUGGGAAGAAGCUGAUUACUGAGGAACCUUUUGACUAGUAUUCAAUUUGUACAGUCACAUGAUGAAUUCUAUGUAUUUUCUUACAAUAAUCCUUGACCUUAUCAAGUA